AUGGCAUCAUUUGGCCGGGCAUGGAAACCUCUCACCUUCUCCAACCCUAAAUUCAAGCGAAUUUUCUCCAGGGAGAAGAAAGAGGAAGAGCACUUUCCCGACUACACAGCAUCGCGUUACUAUCCAGUCAGCAUCGGAGAGGUUCUCCGCAACCGUUCUCAAAUCGUUGGCAAGCUGGGCUUCGGAGCCAGCUCGACUGUCUCGCUGGCGCGCGACCUAGAGGGUCGUCGGCACGUGGCGCUGAAGUUGUUUGUCAAUUCGAAGGCUUUGGGUUCACAGCUAGAUCAUGAAAUCACGAUUUAUAAGCGCAUUCCUACGUCAUCUGUAAAGCACCCCGGUCGCAGUGCCGUCAGGGAACUACUGGAUUCCUUCGACGUUGCUGGUCCCGACAGAUGCCACAGGUGCCUGGUGCAUCCUCAUCUGUGGGAGAGUGUUCUGACUUUCCUUCACCGCAACCCCGUUCGGAUGUUACCAGCGCCGGUGCUCGCCUUCGUUCUCCGUCGCCUUCUUCUCGCUUUGGACUAUUUACACACGGAAUGCGAAAUCGUCCAUACAGAUAUCAAAGCAGAUAACAUCAUGUUUGGCAUCAAGGACGACUCCUGGACGGAAGAACCGUGUAUCUAUCUGUCACGCGAACUGCAGAUGCCAAAAGAAUGGGGCGCACCGGUCCUCUGUGACUUUGGCUCAGCCGUCAUCGGGGAUACAGAGCAUACCGAGGACGUACAGGCCGACAUAUACAGAGCGCCCGAGGUCAUCCUAGAAGCACCGUGGUCUUACCAGAUUGACAUAUGGAACGCGGGCUGCAUGAUCUGGGAUCUCUUACAACCUCCACAGGCGUUACUCGAUUUGGGAAAGUCGAGCCACAGGUUCUUCACUGAUGAAGGAGAGUUCCGUACAGACAUCCCAGUCCCAUGUGAAACAUCGCUUGAUGAAAAGGAGAUUAGCCUGGAGGGAGAGACCCGAGAUAUGUUUCUCGCCAUGAUGCGGAAGAUGCUCCAGUGGGAUCCUUCGAAGCCCUCCUCGGCGAAGGCACUAGCAGACAAUAAAUGGAUCAUUAAGAAUAUGUAGACAGUAGAAUAGAGCACAACGACCGGAGAGCAAGCGCGUUGUCAUCAG